AUGAACAACAUGCAUCAUAUUACUUCCCAAUACUCCGCAUUAGAAGCAUCCAGCACAUGUCUUAUCCGACUUUCAAACACCAGCUCCCGUCUUUGUUUUCCAUAUCCUUCUCCAUCAUCACACAUACUGCCGCGUUAUUAUCCAUCCAUCCAUCCAAACACCAGACCAAUAUCCCGUCUAUUAUCCAUCCACCUUCACCAUACCCCACGUCAUCAAUUCAUACACCACAGUACUGCCCGAGGAUCCUCCCCUCAUCCUACACGCUCUAGCCUCCGCGCAAAAAAAAAACUUACUGAACUACCAUCUAUAGAACUACUCGUACACAAUCUUCUCCAAGACGUAGUAGUCAACAGGCCAGGCUAUCAAAGACCAAACUAUAUGAUUUAAAAAAAAAUAAAAAUAAAAAAGCCAACAGCCAACAGCUCGUGUCGUUCCCGAGACCCCGGAAAAAAAACAGGAGUAAGUUACAAUGCAUACCUGCAUGUGGGUAUAUGCGGUCCCUGUCCCUAAUGUUUCGUAUCCUUGUUUCCAAUCCACCAACACCAACGUCUCUCGGUCCGGAAAAACCAACACGCAUACACAUCUAUUCAGACAAAAAAGCGAGCGUCGUCGUCGGUAAUUCGUACAAAACUCCCCGAUUAAAAAUCGCUUUGGCUAUGCACCAUUUGUCUUUUUUCUUUCUCCCCCGUGAUUGCUAGUUCUUUAUUUGUUGUUUGUUGUUGUUCGAUGGGAUGGGAUGGGAUGGGAUGGGAUGGUUUUGGGGGUCGGUUUUGCUUUGCUUCUGCGUUUUCACUCGUUUAUCAUGGUAUGCAUAAUACAUGGUACAAUUGAUAUUGUAGGUGUGUAUAUCGUGUUUGGGAGGGACAUGUUGGGACGCUCUGGCCUCGACUACUUAUG